UCCUGGUCAGGUGGACCCUCACCUGCCUAUUCGUUCUUUCACACUGCAUUCGCUUUUUCAGCGGAUUUUGGACUCGCCAAGAAACGAGGCAGUGAAUACCUGAAGUCCGCCGCAGGGACUAUUGUCUACAGUUGUCCGGAAAUUGUGCAAAACAUGGGAUAUGGCGAGAAGGCGGAUGUGUGGUCUUUUGGAUGCUGCGUCUACGAAAUGACUGAACUUCGUCCACCGUUCUAUUCACAAAAUAUGCUCGCAUUGGCCACACAAAUAGUCGAGGGGAAAUACGCGCCGAUUGCUCCUGAUCGGAGCAAGUGA